AUGGUACCUACGAUCCAAAUCGACCUUUUCCAGGGAUGGCCCGCAACGGCCAUGCUUCCAGUGGAACGUCUCAAACAAGCAGCCAACAGCGCCCUAUCCAACAAAGCCAUAUUCACCGAAGGAUUUGCCUAUGGCCCUGACGAAGGCUACUUCCCUCUAAGAAAGAACAUAGCAGCGUGGCUAUCCCAAUCCUAUACGCCUGUGCAGCCCAUCAGCGCAGAGCGGAUAUGCAUUACUGGCGGUGCCAGCCAGAAUCUAGCAUGUGUAUUGCAAGUAUUCACGGACCCAGCGCAGACAGAGAUUAUAUGGUUCGUGGAGCCAACAUAUCAUCUUGUCUUCCGGGUAUUCGAGGAUGCUGGGCUCAGUGGCCGGAUGCGAGGGAUACCUGAGGACGGGGAGGGGAUGGAUGUUGCUGCACUUGAACUUGAUUUGGAAGCAUUUGAUCGUGGAGAUCUACUCUAUCAAGCUGGUUGUGAGAAGACAUACAAGCUCGACAGGCCGUAUAGAAAGAUAUACAAGCAUGUUAUAUAUUGUGUUCCGAGUUUUUCUAAUCCAUCGGGCACCACAAUGUCUCAUUCGCGGCGCGAGGCACUUGUUAGAGUGGCACGGAAGUACAAUGCUCUUGUUGUCGCUGAUGAUGUGUAUGAUUUUCUCAGUUGGGGUCUUGGACAUCCCCAGUUGCGUCUCGUGGAUAUAGAUCGGGUGCUUGAUGGCGGCCCAGAAGAUCAAUUCGGCAAUGUCGUGAGCAAUGGAUCAUUCAGCAAGCUUAUUGGCCCGGGAUGUCGAGUUGGAUGGGCUGAAGGGACCAAAGACUUCAUAUAUGGUCUUUCUCAAGCUGGCUCUACGCGCUCUGGUGGUGCUCCUUCGCAACUAACGUCAACUUUCAUCAACGACCUGCUUGAGGAUAGCUUCUUGCCUGAAUAUAUUACCAACACCCUAGUCCCCGAAGGACGCAGAAGGCAUUGCAUUCUGGCAUCGGCAAUCAAAACACAUCUCGGUCAUUUUGGCGUUUCAUUUACUCCUGAUCCGGAGACUAGUCCAGUCGCGGGGGGAUACUAUAUCUGGCUUCAGCUUCCGGCCGCAUUGACCGCAACUCAAGUGUGCCGAGAGGCUCUGGAGAUACAAAAUUUGGUGCUGGGUGGCGGUGAGACGUUUGCAGUUCCAGGAGAGGAUACUCCAGGGGGAGAUUUGCAUCGCAGACUGAGACUUUGUUUCAUGUGGGAGGAUGAAGGGCGGCUAGUUGAGGGGGUGGAGAGGCUAGGGCUUGUCAUUCAGAGUGUACUGACAAACAACGAAUAG